CCUCCAGGGCCGCCUGCCGGCGCAUCCCCCCUAGCCGCCAGAUCGACGGCGGCACAGUCUUUUCUUGGUCGUUCCUCUCGGGCCUCGGCAGAUCGACGCCGGCGGCGACUCCUCUCGCCCUGCCCUCCCGAGCCCGGUUUAAAUGGCUGCAAGAAAGGAUAAUGCAGUCCUUAUUGCUUGCCAAGCUCCCAAUGGCCGUGUAACACGAGCUCAAGCUGCUAAUUGUGGAAGGUUUGGAGUGCCUCACCCAGCACCGGUACUUGUCAGAACUGAACGAAAACCAGCGACUAAAGGAAAGGCGAAACGGGGAGCUUCAGAUGAGAACACUUGUGCAAGUGCUCUAACUUCAGCUCCACCUCCUAAAAGGCGAGCAGCACUCAAGGAUGUGACAAACAUAAGCUGUGCAAACUCGUUCAGAAAUUGCACUGCUGUGACUAAGCUACAGUCAAGGCCCACACAGAAGGUAGGGCGAAAUCCAAGCAAAAACAAGCAGUGUGCAAAGAAGGCCCCUAAGCCACCUCUUCCUACUCUUAGUGGAACUUCAUUUGUUGUGAAUGAUUCUCAUAAUGUGGAAGAAACUCAGAAGGCAGAGCUUUUGCCACCAAAAGAGGAGCCCACUGCUCUGCUCGAAAACAAGGGGUCGUUGUCAUUAUGGAAUUUUGCACGGAACAGGGAGAGUGGUGUUCAUGAGCCAUUCUUUCAGGGAAGAAACACAAGAGAUAAAUCUGAAACUGCCGACUCAAACACUGGGGACUAUGUUGGCUUAAACGUUAUAGACAUUGACAAAGAUAAUGGCAAUCCACAAAUGUGUGCUUCCUAUGCGGCAGAGAUAUACAGAAACCUAAUGGCUGCAGAG